AUGUUGGAACAAAAAAUAAAGAUUUUUUUAUUUAAAAAAAUAUCUACCUUAAUCUUUUUAUGUUGGAUAUGUAAUAUUGAUACUUAUACGAGUACUCAUAACAAAUCUUUGGAUAAAUUACACAAUCAUAAUAGAAAAUUAUACGCAAGAAAUUAUCGUUCACUGGAAAAAUAUAAGCAGAAUAAGGAUUCGUGUAUUGUACAUUUAAUGGAACAAAUACCAAAUGCAGUGAAUGAUAAACAAGAUAUAUCUAAUAAUGAAAAAGCUUCCUUAGUUAAAAAGAAUUACUCAAAUGGAAGUUCACCAAGGAGUGCAAGAGGACUUCAAAAAAAUAUGAAAAAUAAAUCUUGUAUAUUUGAAACCAAAAAAUAUUCCCAUUUAGAAAAAAAAAUAUUCAAAGAACUUGAUUAUGUAGAUUUUCUUAGAAGAAACAAGACAUUAAGUGAUCGUAUUUAUAAAAAAAUAAUGCUAAAAAAGUGCAGACUACGAUUUGCAUUACCUUUAUUACUAUUCUUGUUGUUAUCAAUAUCCUUCAUUUUGGAUUACUCUUGUAGUUUGGGGCUUGUACGAGGAUUGUUUCAGGCAAUAGUUUAUUUUCUUCCUGAUAAAGUACCUAACAUUGGGAACUUAGCUAGUAAACAAAUUAAUGCGGCCUUAAAAUCUAUAUCUGACGCUUUGAGGUCGUCACCUCUUCAUGGGUUGUUCGAUAAUGUGGUAGUAUUAGAAUCAGGUGCUAAAGCAAACUAUUGUGUACAAAGUUUUUUUAAUUUUCUAAUUUAUUUCAUACCCUUCUUUAUAUUAGGUGUCAUACUAAUAUUAGCAAUUGCUUAUUAUCACAAAAAAGUUAAAAAAUAUGAAAAAAUUAAGUUCAGAAAAAGAUAA